AUGUCCGCCGCCGCGCUCGCCUCGAGGGCGCCCGUCGCGUCGAUGCGGACGCGAAAGACGACGAUGCCGACGUCGGCGCGAUCGCGCGUCGCGACGCGGGCGCAGGCGGUGUCGGCGCCGCCGAAGACGCUGAAGACGGGCGUGGUGACGGGACGAGAUCUCAUCGAUGUGUUGAACCACGCGCGGCAUCACGGGUACGCGAUUCCGGCGGUGAACUGCACGAUGUCGCCGGUGAUCAACGCGUGCCUCGAGGCGGCGAAGAAGGCGAACGCGCCGAUGAUCAUUCAAUUCUCCAACGGCGGCGGCGUCUUCAUGGCGGGUAAGGCGGCGAGCAAUGAGGAACAACAGGCGGCGGUGAAGGGAUGCGUCGCGGGUGCGCUCAUGGUUCGUGAAUUGGCGGAUUUGUACGGUGUGCCGGUCAUCUUGCACACCGAUCAUUGCGCGAAGAACUUGCUCCCGUGGUUCGACGGCUUGCUCGAGGCGAACGAGGCGUACUUCGCCAAGCACGGUGAACCGCUCUUCUCCUCGCACAUGCUCGACUUGUCCGAAGAGCCUAUCGCUGAGAACUUGGAGAUCUGCCAAAAGUACCUCAAGCGCAUGGCCGCGAUCAACUGCUUCCUCGAAAUGGAGAUCGGCAUCACGGGCGGCGAAGAGGAUGGCGUCGACAACUCCGACGUCGCCCCGGAAGACCUCUACUCCAAGCCGGAAGAGAUCUACGAAGUGUACGAAGCGCUCCAACCGAUCGCUCCGGACUUCUACUCCAUCGCCGCCGCGUUCGGUAACGUCCACGGCGUGUACUCCCCGGGUAACGUCAAGCUCACCCCGAAGAUCUUGAAGAACGCGCAAGCGUACGUCAAGGACAAGACGGGUAGCGAAAGCGACAAACCGGUGUACUUCGUCUUCCACGGUGGCUCCGGUUCUUCUCGUGAAGAGAUCCGUGAAGCCGUCGGCUACGGUGUCAUCAAGAUGAACAUCGACACGGACACCCAGUGGAGCUUCUGGGAGGGCGUCAAGGAGUACGAAUCCAAGAACCACGGCUACCUCCAAGGCCAAAUCGGCAACCCGGAGGGCGCCGAAAAGCCGAACAAGAAGUACUACGAUCCGCGUGCCUGGAUCCGCAAGGCCGAAGAAUCUACGCGUGAUCGCCUUUUGGCCGCCUACGAGGACCUUUUGGCGACCGAUGCGUGCUCCAAGUAA